GACAUAUUGCUAGUUAUUUUACGUAAAAAAUGCCAAAUAGAAAAGACAUUGCGAGUGCCCUAAGGUUACGGGUUCGGAGAUCCUAAAAUUGCAGGGAUGGAAGAAGCUUAGAAUCUUCGAUGCUGCCUGUUGCUAUUCUCCCAUGAUCUCCAAAACCCUUGACCAUCUCCUUAUUCCCACGCUCACAGCCUCUCUUUUCUCAAACCUAUCAACAUUAACUUCCAAUUUAUCUCAUUUCGGAGAUGAAACACCAUUUUAUUUGUAUCUUAUGCUUGUUUUUGGUAUUCGUAAUCUCUGCGUUUUCAAACUCAUUUGGUGAGUUAUCGCUUUGGAGUCCGUAUGGGGGUGAGUUAUCUCGGAGCCCUAGUCGGUCUCUCUUGUCUAUCUCACCUGAACAUAGUACGACACUGAUUGCUGGCCUGGACGGGACAGUCUAUUUGGUGGAGAGUAACUCUAAGAGAGUUAUUUGGUCGUUUACAUCAGGAGCACCAAUUUAUACUUCAUUUCAGGCUCCAUUCAGCCAAGAUAAAGAUAAAGAAAAUGCGGGUGGCAGGUUUUUCAUAGAUUGUGGAGAUGACUGGGAGUUGUAUAUGCACACUGAGCACUUUGGUAGAGUGAAACUAUCGAUGUCUAUUGAUGAAUUUGUCAAAAAUACACCGUACAUAUCAGAGGAUGGGGCUGUUACGCUUGGAUCUAAGAAAACAACUGUUUUUGAGGUUGAUCUUAGGACUGGAAAGUUGAUCCGCACUUACAGGUUCAAUUCUCAAUCAACACUGCAAAGUGAUGAUGAAAACCAGAGUGUUUCAUAUAAGGAUAUAUCCAGUAAGGUGUUGGUAAAGCCUGGAUCUAAGAGUCCAAAUAUUGUUGAUUUGCGACUGCACAUCACAAGGACAGAUUAUCUACUGACGUCAUUUGCUCGAGACUCGGACAAAACUUCGUGGAAUAUGACGAUUGCUGAAAUUGGGGCUUCUUUGCUUUGUCUAGAUGCUUCUAGUGGGGCUCCUUUGAAUUUUCUGGAUAAGCUUGGUUUAGAAACUGGAAUUGACUUUGCUUUGCCAUUGUCAUGUCACACAAGAGGCCCUAUUUUCUGCCAUCGUAGUCAUAUUUUGCUAGAAUCCUCUGGGAUUGAAAUGCUCCCAGGGGCUCAUCUUGGAGAUAUGCUGCUGCCAAUGCCUCCUUCAGGUUUGAUAAUUCCUAUAAAACCCGAGGUUGAUAGACUUGUAGAUGAUAGUGACCCAAUGCUUCAAUUGCCUCCUAGGGAGAUGGAUGAUACAGGGAUUGUUGAAGUGCAUAGCACUAAAUUUUCUCUUAGUCACAUGUUAAUCAUGUUUCGUGAGUGGUCAUUGGCAUUUUCCAUCAUCAUGUUCAUGAUCAUUCUUGUUGUGGGCCUUGUCGUUAAAGGUUGUGUUCUGUUUCUUAAAGAAAAAGUUUCGUUGAAUGAGCUGCCUUGUAAUUCUAGCUCCAAAGCUGCAUCUUUGAAGAGGAAGAAAAACAAAAAAUCAGCAAGCAAUGAUGAUGUUGAGAAAAAGGAUAAUUAUGCACACAUUGAUGGUGAGAACAAAACACUGUUGCACCUCAAUAAACUUUUAGAUGGUGGCGCAAAUGGACGCAGGAUAGGUAAACUAUUUGUAUCAAACACUGAAAUUGCUAAGGGAAGUAAUGGUACUAUUAUCCUUGAGGGAAUCUAUGAGGGUCGACCAGUUGCCGUAAAACGUCUGGUCCAUGCUCAUAAUGAUGUGGCUUUUAAAGAAAUUCAGAAUCUUAUAGCAUCUGACUACCAUCCAAACAUUGUUCGAUGGUAUGGAGUGGAAUAUGAUCAAGAUUUUGUCUAUCUCUCUUUGGAGCGGUGUACUUGCAGCUUGGAUGAUUUGAUCCAGGUUUACACAGAUUAUUCACAAUACCCAGCAUUCAAUGAGAAACAAGCUACGAGAGCUAUGAUUGAUUAUAAAGCCCGUCUAGAGUCCAUGAAGAAUAGAAUGUCGGGUAUCAAUUUGUGGAAAGCAAAUGGUCAUCCGUCACCUCUAUUGUUAAAGAUGAUGAGGGAUGUGGUUUCUGGGCUAGUGCAUUUGCAUGAAUUGGGAAUAAUUCAUCGCGACUUAAAGCCUCAAAAUGUCUUGAUAAUCAAGGAAAGAUCUUUAUGUGCAAAACUUUCUGACAUGGGCAUUAGCAAGCGCCUUGUUGGGGAUAUGUCUUCCUUGAGUCAUCAGGCUACUGGUUGUGGCAGUUCUGGUUGGCAAGCACCGGAGCAACUUCUGCAUGGACGGCAAACACGUGCCGUAGAUCUGUUUAGUUUAGGCUGUAUCCUUUUUUUCUGCAUAACUGGAGGCAGACAUCCAUUUGGUGAACGUCUUGAACGUGAUAUCAACAUUGUGAAGAACCAAAUGGACCUCUUUUUGGUGCAAAAUAUCCCUGAAGGUGUGGAUCUUAUUUUUCGUUUAUUGAGUCCUGACCCUGAAUUAAGACCUAGGGCAUCAGAGGUGUUGCACCACCCUUUAUUUUGGAGUUCUGAGACUAGACUGUCGUUUCUUCGGGAUACUAGUGACCGGGUCGAAUUGGAGGACAGGGAGACUAAUUCUGAAUUCUUUAAAGCAUUAGAAAGCAUCGGGUCGGUAGCAUUGGGCUCAAAAUGGGAUCAAAAGAUGGAACCUGCAUUUAUCACGAACAUUGGCCAUUAUAGACGGUACAAAUUUGAUAGUGUUCGAGACUUAUUGCGUGUCAUGCGAAACAAAUUGAAUCAUUACAGAGAACUUCCAAAAGAAAUUCAGGGGCUCUUAGGACCAGUACCUGAAGGAUUUGAUAGCUACUUUGCUAGUCGAUUUCCAAGACUCUUAAUGGAGGUCCACAAAGUUGUUUGCAGAUACUGUCGGGGAGAGGGAUGGUUUCGGAAGUAUUUGAAUAUCAACGUUGAUUAGCACGUGGGCCCAUAUUUAACUGAUUACGAACUGUUUGUGGCUGCAUUGGUGAUUCAGAUCUAAUUAUAUAGCGUUGAUAUUCAAUUAAUCAUAAUAAACAUGGUGUUUAUAGGUGUAAACAUACUAAUAAUGUAUAGAAUGUGUAUUAAUUAA